AUGUCAUCUUCUGUUAUUCAUGGUCUUUCUCCUUUUGAACUAUUGUAUAGUAGAGCACCUAAUCUGGGUCACUUAAGAAUUCUUGGAUGUCUGUUCUAUGCCAAGCAAGUUCAUGAAACAGACAAACUCCUGCCCAGAGCUAAGCCAGGUGCUCUUAUGGGCUUCUCUGACACUCAGAAGGCCUACAUUCUACUGGAUCUUACUUCUCAUUGUUUUUUUAUCAACAGGGAUGUAUCCUUUAGAGAAGAUAUAUUUCCCUUCAAAGACAUCACAAAUACAUCACCCCCUAUUUUCUUGCCUCAUGAAUUGCCCAGUUCUAGUGAAGAGCAGCCUUCACUUUCUCUUGUUCCUGCUAGGCAUGAGUCUACUGACUCUUCUUCUUUACACCAAUCUGCAGCAGAUGUGAUGCCUUCUCUUCCUCUUUCUAUGCCCUCUCAACUCUCCACUGGUCUGAGGAGAUCUUUGAGGACAAGGCAGGCUCCUAUUUGGAUGAAGGACUUUGUGUCACAACCUGGACACAAAUCUAUUCCAUAUUCCAUUGCUAACUAUGUGUCCUAUGAUAGAAUUUCUCCCAAAUAUAAGGUAUAUUUGACUGCAUUCUCUGCAAUACAGGAACGUACUUCUUUUGAGCAAGCUGCUCAAGGUCCUAGGUGGGUCGAAGCAAUGCAAGCUGAAAUUGCUGCACUAGAAUCCAAUCACACCUGGGAUGUGGUGUCCUUACCUAAAGGCAAGGUGCCUAUUGGUUGUAAGUAG